CCGCCGGCCCGGCCGGCUCCCCGCGCCGCGCUCCGGGGUUCCGCUCAGCCGCGGUGAGGAAGAAGGGCGGAGCCGCAACGCCUUCCCUCCCGCCCGGACACUAUUCAGCGCCGCGCCGCCAUGGCGGAGGCCGCCAUCCUGCGGGUGCGGCACUGCGGGGCCGCCAUCUUCUGCCGCCGGCCGCCCUCCCGCUGCCCCGCCUGCGGCCGCCUCCUGCGCGGCGCCGGGCUGCCCGCCGCCCCCGUCCGCCUCCCCAGCCCCUUCCGCCACGGCCACCGCCAGCCCCGCGCCUUCCUCCUCCGGCCCGCCGCCGGCACCUUCCUCGGGGGCUACGACGGGGGAUCCGACCUGCACGUCGGCAUCACCAGUACUCACGGCGUGGUGUAUAAUUACAACGAAGAGGGCAUUCACAGAGCUGAAACUGGAUGGGAACAGUGCAUUAGUAUCCCACUAGUACAGCCAGACAUGUUUGGGCUUCUUCAGCAGUGGGAUAAGCUCCUAGAGGAAUUUUCUGUGGGAGAGGCCUGGCUUCCUCACAGGCUGACUGUGCUGAUGGGAUUCUUGCCCAGAUCCUACAUCCAGAUGACUUCUUUGUUGUCAGUGAUCAGAAAUGGGAAACACAGUCAGGCUCAUUUCCAGCUCUUCCAGCUGGUUUGUAACAUUGCUUUGGAUAGUUAAAUACAGAAAGACUUCCACAUAUUUUGAAUUAAACCAGUACGUUCCAGCAAGAACGUUCAGUUCUUUGUAGCUUUCCUUGAAGUGAACGCCCGAUGACAGUGUUACAAGUUACGCAGCCCAGCUAAAACGCGCACUGCCACAUCACCAAGCCUGCUGAUGACAAAGCAGCCUGCUCUCCAAAACACCAGUCCUCGAACUGUUCAUCAGUAACAGUACCUGUAACAAACAGCCCGUCUGAGCAUAGUUCUGUGAACUGUUGCUCACAGUUCUGAGCAUGUCUGUUGAUGUCAUCUUAUAUAAAAGAAGAAAAAAACCCACAAAAGAUCAAAAGCAGGUUUUAGCAAUUCAGUGUGUGCUUGACUCUAAAAUUUUAGAGAUAAUGUAUUAUCUUCCUGAUACCAGGGGAUGAAAGAAUAUGACCUAGAGUACAAUUUUUAAAUGCCUGUGGAACUUGUAAAGCCAAUAGGAUUUGUGUCUCGUACUUAAGCAGUUCCCAGUGCCUUAACAUUAUUACGAAAACUAACUUGAUGUCAAAAAAGCAUUGGUAGAAGGUGGGUAGGUGUGUGCAUCUCUUCUACAAGCUUUUCUUUGCUUGUCCUCCGUCUGCCACCUCCUGACAAAGUGACCUACUUUUUCCACAAAUACACCAGUGACCACUAAACUGCUGAAAACCAACCUUUUUUUUUUUUUAAAGAUGUUAAAUUAACUCUUUAUUUUUUCAAUGGACAGGAACUGUGCUAAACUAACCCUGUAGCUCCUCUGGGUUCAGGCCAAGCCCGAUUCUAAUUUUCGUGACUGCUUUUCAUUUACUGGAAGGAUGGUAUAUAACAGCAGCAAAGAAUAGCAGCCACAGCCAUGACCGACAGUAUCUUAAAUUACUGAUUUGCUUGUCGGGAUAUAAAGACACACUUCCCAAAAAUGAGGUGCUAACUGGAAGACACAGAGGGUAGUAAGAAGUGUAUUACAGAAUCUUUUGCAUUAUAAAUACAAAGAUAGCGUGCAAACAGAAAUGAGGUGUUGCGUGCUUUGCUCAAUUGUGGAACUGAUUCAGGAAAGCAUUGUGUACUCAUAAAAGUUAUCCAGACGUGCUGCGGCUCUCUGCAGGCUCAGCCCUGAGCUGGUGAACCCAACAAUUUUUUCAGUGUCGUUUCCAGAGGUUUUGUACUGCACAGUAAUGAUGGCCACUCCUGAAGUUACUCAUCAUUAUUUUUCUUAACAAUUAUUUUGGUAAAGUAAGUAGACCGUAGCAAAUCACUUGCUUACUGAAUGGGAGCUCAUAGGUCACUUCAGAUACCCUUAAAAGAGCUUUGAAGAAGACAGUGAGCUGUCCUGAACUGGGCUCAGGGUCGCAGGGUUGCUUUUGACAGCCAUAGCCCUCAGAUCUUGCAAAAACACCUUGUAAAUGCCCAGGGCUGACAGGCAAGCCUCACAGAAGAUUCCAUGUGGCAACACGGACCAUGGAGCCACUGACAGUACAAGGCAAGGAAUGAGUCACGGGGCCAGGAAGAACAAGGGAAAAAUGACACAGGAUGAGGCAGUUACUGAAGAAGCUUGAAGGUUAGGCAGAUGGCAAACAGGAAUCUGAGCAGGUCUGUAUCAAAUGCAGUUACACAGGGCCAGUGGAAAAAGCAGCACAAUGUGGGGAGGGAGUGGAAUAAAUUACUGAAGUUGUUAGUGGUCAACAUGAAGCAUUUGGGAGAAUCUGAGAAACAUUCUGACAGUGACAAGAACAGGUAAGUACCAUAUGCUCCUAGGGCAGGGUAGUGGGGG